AUGGCUUCAGCAACGAAUCACAAGUCUCUAGAGACCCAUAAAGGCACCCGGAUAGACGGCAACCUUGCCCAAAACAAAGACUCUCCAAUGCCUAACCCACAACCACCGCCCUCGCCGCCCGCGACCGUGACCGACACCGACUCUGGAUCUCCUUCAUCGCCUUUAUCACCGCCUGCGAAUUUCGCUCCAGAGGCGAUUAGUACACAAGCGCUUGCGGACCACCCAGACUCGGGCCAAGGCGGCGAUGGGCCAACGUUACGCUUAGAUAUGAACAUGGAGGAGACCGGGGGCGCAAAUGCUAGCACGGGCGCGAACAACAAUCCCCAGUCGCCAAUAACGUCGCCUAUUUCAUCCCCGCCAUAUUGGACGGCGCGCAGCAGCCAGGACCACCCAUCGGGUCAUGGGCGGAAUGUCUCGAGCGCUUCGGUUGAUUCAUUGGUCGCCGCGGGCUUGGGCAUAACGCUGCAAGAUAACGAGAACAGCAGCACCGACGACCGGGGAAGCGCGUGCUGGGCAAAAAGCGUCGAAGUGACCGACUAUGUUACCGUGAACGGCAGCGCGACAAACAUCGGCGCAUUCGUUGUAUGGAACAUACGGGUUGAGACAUUGAGUGGCAGUUUCAUGGUCAUUCGAAAACGAUAUUCCGAGUUCGACGAUCUCCGUUGGCGGUUAAUGCGGACGUUCCCUGGCUUCGAGGCCGCCGUGCCGGAACUCCCGCCGAAAAGUCUCAUUUCAAAGUUCAGACCCAGGUUUUUGGAGCAGAGGCGGGCUGGUCUCCAAUACUUUUUAACCUGUAUUAUGUUAAACCCGGAGUUCUCUGGCUCCCCCGUGCUUAAAGAAUUCCUUUUCUCUUGA